UGUGGGGUAGGGUAUAGGAACCUGUGGGUGCGGGAGUCCAGAGGAGAGAGACGCAGAGGGGAAGACAAAGCCACUCUGCGUACGCUGGCCUGCGUCCCCUAGGAAGGCUAGCAGGAAGCAGGGCCGGCGGGAGCUGCCACCUGCCUGCUCCUCAGUGCCUGCUGGCAAGGCCAGAGAGGAAGAGAAGACGAUGGAGCCAGAUAGGACUCAGAUAAAGCUCGACCCCAGGUACACAGCAGAUCUUCUGGAGUUACUAAAAACCAAUUACAACAUCCCCUCUGCCUGCUUCUCUCAUGCCCCCACUGCAGCUCAGCUUCUGAGAGCCCUGGGCCCUGCAGAAGUCGCUCUCACGGUCCUCAUGAGUUUGCUCGCAUUGGGCUCAGUCGCCAUCUUCCUGGAGGAUGCCGUCUACCUGUACAAGAACACCCGCUGCCCCAUCAAGAGGAAGACUCUGCUCUGGAGCAGCUCUGCACCCACGGUAGUGUCCGUGUUCUGCUGCUUUGGUCUCUGGAUCCCGCGUUCCCUCCUGCUGGUGGAGAUGGCCAUAACCUCGUUUUACGCGGCCUGCUUCUGCCUGCUGAUGCAGGUCAUGGUGAAGGGCUUCGGGGGGCCGGAGGCCGUGCUGAGGGUGCUGGGGGGGGUGGCGCUGCCCACGGGCACAGGCCCCUGCUGCUGCUGCUGCCCCUGCUGCCCCCCACUCAGGCUUUCCAGGAAGAAGCUUCAGCUGCUGAUGUUGGGCCCAUUCCAGUUUGCCUUCUUUAAGAUAACCCUGAGCCUGGCGGGCCUGUUUCUCAUCCCUGACGGCAUCUAUGACCCGGCAGACAUCUCUGAGGAGAGCACAGCUCUGUGGAUCAACACGCUCCUCGGGGUGUCCACCCUGCUGGCCCUCUGGGCUCUGGCCAUCGUCUUCCGUCAAGCCAAGCAGCACCUGGGCGAACAGAACAUAGGAGCCAAAUUUGCUCUGUUCCAGGUGCUUCUCAUCCUGACUGCCCUGCAGCCAUCCAUCUUUUCAGUCUUGGCCAACGGCGGGCAGAUUGCUUGUUCGCCUCCCUUUUCCUCUAAAGUCAGGUCUCAAGUGAUGAAUUGUCACCUUCUCAUACUGGAGACUUUUCUCCUAACUGUGCUGACACGAAUGUACUACCGAAAGAAAGACGACAAGGCUGGGUAUGAACCUUUUUCUUCUCCAGACCUGGAUCUGAGCCUCAAAACCUGAGCUGGAUGGGUUGGACAAUGAAUGAGAGACACUGCAUUCAUUAGAUGGGCACACGAUUCCCUCACUGUCACUCAACCUUGACCUAGUAGAAACGGAGUCCAUUGUCAGCACAAGCUGGCAGAUUACAUUUGACUAUAAAGAUGAAGGUGAAUCAUGCAGUAGGAUGAAAUUGUUUUGGACCUUGCCUGGGUAAGGUAUUUUAGGUUUUAUAAUAAACAAACAGGAUAAAGUCUGAAAUUCUGACUGGGCACAUUGCCUCUGUGAGGGCCACCAUUAGCUCUUAAAGUUGUAUAUUGAAAGCUCACACUGGGCUUUCCCAAAGUAAAUGAAGAGUACACGGUAGUUUGUCUGCUAUAAAAAUGGGCAGAACUCAAGCCAGGUAAAAUAGUCUGAGCCCAAAGUCUCAAAGAACAGAUGGAAGAUGUUUCCUUACAGAUGAUGUGUCAUUAGGGCACUGAGGGCAUCAGACCUGGGAUCUGGACCAGCUUCACUUUGUGGGACAACGGUUUUCUGAGUUCUCUGUGCCAAGCUGCA